AUGGCUUCUGUGAGAAGGGAUCAGGAGCUGCCCCCAUAUCAGACAGAGCCAGGUCCAGCUGGCUCCAAAAUGAACCCGCUGCUGCCCAAAGUUGAACCUUGCACUUGUAGGAGAGACAUGGUGAUGAUAUCCAUGGACAUCUUUGUGAGGAAGUUUCAACCAGACAGAUACCAUCUGUGGAAACAAGGCAAGGAUUUAUACACCAUUGAUCAUACAAAACCAACUCCUGAAUCAACGCCUGAAGUAAAGACCUGGCUACAGAGAAGAAAGAAAAUAAAGAACUUUCCCAAGUGCUUCCAGCACACCAGAUCUCGAUCUAAAAAGCUUAAAACUCCAGAGGACAAGGGAGUAUCUGCUAUGGUAGCUGGUGCAGAAAUCAUAGUGACUGAAGCAGCUACUGAUGGCUUCAAGGUCAUUGAAGAACCUGGAAAAGAAGUGAGACUGGUAAACACCGGAGUGCCUUCUGGGGAGGAAGAAAACAGUGGUAGAAUGCAGCUGGAUCAACAUUUAUUGGAUAAUGUCAAGGUUGCAGGAAGCAUCCAUUCAGACUCAUUUUCAAGCCCUGUUCCUGUACGAGAGAAAACAAAAACGGAGCAUGAGGAGAGGAGAGAUUCCAGUUAUCCUGUCUUUACAUGUGAUGAUUCUGUGGUCUGCAUGCCUGCUUCUGACAGCUGUAGAAGAGAAGAGAGUUUGAAAUCUGAGAAUCAGUCUGUUUCGUCCACACCAUACCAUAAGACAGAGAGACAUGCUUCUGAAGCAGAAAACCCAGAUAAAGAGGAAAAUGUCUCCAUAGAGGAUGCUGUCAGUGACCUAGAAAGCUGUGUGAGUAGCUUGGAACAUGGAGAAGUGCCUGUUGUAAAAAAGGAUGAAGAAGAUGGCAUGGAAACAUCUAGUUCAGUGGAAGUUGAAAGAAAGAAAAUAUCUAAGAGUUGGCGUCAUCCACUAAAUAAACCCCCAGCUAGAUCUCCAAUGACUUUGGUUAAACAGCAAGCAACUAGUGAUGAAGAACUGCCUGAGACUACCUUAAUUGAAGAGGAAGUUCGAGAGACAGAGACAUGGGCAAGGCCUCUGGUUUACCUUUGGCAGACGAGAGCACACAAUUUCAAUGCUGAAAAAGAAUACAAUGCAGCUUGUGCAAAAAAGGAACCACACUGUGCCAUUUGCACUCUUCUCAUGCCAUACUACAAGCCAGACAAUCAUGAUGAAGAAAGUCCUGCUUUUGGGGAAGCAAACUCAGCAGAAACAUUGAUGGCUGAAAAUGAAAAGACUAAACCUCUUAUUCCAGAAAUGUGUUUUAUUUAUAGUGAAGAAAACACUGAAAACUAUCCAUCAAAUGCCUUUAUCGAAGAAGAUGGAACAAGUCUUCUGAUUUCCUGUGCAAAGUGUUGUGUGCGGGUUCAUGCAAGUUGCUAUGGUGUUCCUUCCCAUGAAAUCCAUAAUGAAUGGUUGUGUUCUCGAUGCAGAAGAGAAGCCUGGACAGCU